UAGUAGUUGUGACUUAUUCACACUCUAUACAUUUGGCUUCCGCAACAAUGUCGUCCUGCGAUCAUCUUCUACUAUUUAAGCAUUUUGCAAGUUCAGGAUGACAAAAUACUCAAUGUCUGGUAAUGGAAAUUUGGAGACUUCUUGAGCUUUUGGUUCUUCUCUUUGAUCAUCAUUUUGUCAACUUAAUCCUAAGUUUCACAAUAGAUGCAUUAGGUGCUGUGGAGUCAUAGCUUUCCAGAAAGGAGAAGUCAUGCAGUAAAAACAUUGGUAUUUUGAACUUAAGAUGAUUCACAUUCUACAUGUCUGUCAACUUUUACAUAUCAUUUGGUUUCGGUAAAUACUUACCCACAACGGCUGUUUACACCAAACUAUAUUAACUCACCAUGGUUAAUUAGUUUAAUUAGAUGAGAAUGCAUAUAAUUUACCAUGGUUAAAUGAUUGAAGUCCAUAUGCAAGACACAUGUCAUAUAUCUAUUGGUUUGGUGUAAACACCCGGUGCGGGUAAGUUUUUACCGUUGGUUUCCUUUUGCUUAUGGUGUCUCAAAAAAUUAAUAUAUGGUUUUUUGUUUUGAAUACAGUUUGUUAUUUCUUUGAUAUAUCACAAGAGUGAAAUUAGGCUUUGAAUGAAAGUUUUGAGAUAUUUGGUUCUCAUUUGGUUGAGCUUUUGCAAUUUAACUCAUUACUUGCUCAAAUACAGUGCACUUAUCACAUGACAAAUGACUGGUCAGAGAACAACUGUUAUUUCAAUGACGCUCCAAUGAAGAAACUGAUCAGUGAAGAAUUAUCAAGAAGUACUCCAAACUCAGGACAGAAUGCACCUAGUGUUGUCGCCCGUCUGAUGGGCUUAGAUAUGUUAUCCGUGGAUACAAAACCAUCAACAAAGAAGGUCGAAAAGAAGAAUGAAAUGAUGGAUAGACAUCCUCCCAGAGAGGAAUGGUUGAGAAAAGGUUCCUUUGAUCACAGAACACAUUCCUCGAUACAAAAGAAUUUCAACUCGUUUGAUCACAAUGAAGCAUGUAAUAUUGACAGACGGAGUAAGAGCCUGAAGCUCAACAAACUUAAACCCCGAGAACAUCCACAGGAAGAGGAACUACAAAAGUUUAAGAAGGAGUUUGAAGCAUGGCAAGCAACAAGGUUUAAGGAAUGCUCAAAGUUUGUUGAAUUUGGCACAAAUACUGAUCAGUGGUUGGCACAACGACGCCUGAACAAGGAAAAGUUGGUUCUUUACGCGAACUCAAAGAGACUUGAUGUUUCUUCAACUCCUACAAAGAUUGUAAUUUUGAGGCCUGUUUGUGAUAGGACGGGGGAUAGCAAAGAAUCACGGGCCAGUUCCCCUGGCAUAUCCGAAGAUGGGAGUAGCAUAGAAGAAUUUCUUCAGGAGGUUAAGGAAAGACUAAAAUGUGAAUUGCAUGAAAAGAGUUUGAGAAGGAGCACUACUGUCAUUGGUACGUCUUAUACCGAAAAGCCAUCAGAAGCAAAGAAGAUAGCUCAGUCUAUUGCAAAACAGGUGAGAGAGAGUGUUACUAGGGACGUUGGAACGACUCUACCUCGAUCAAAAUCAAUGAGGUCUUAUAGAAGUGAAAUUCAAUGUGACGCGAAUGGUUCUUCUGAGUUCACCAAUAGAGAUAAAAGGAGAUUUUUGGAAAAGAGCAGAGCUGAAGAAAGCAGAUAUAUUGCUAGUAAAGUGAGACAUAGGGACGAUAUGAAAGAUCACAAAUCAGACAUGCAGAGCAGAUAUUUCAGACAAGAGUUGAGUAAUAAUGUAAUGCUUGACCAGGAACUAUUUCAUAGGAACCUAGUUAGAUCUUUGUCUGCUCCUGUAUCGCGAUCAUCAUUCGGAAAGCUUCUCCUAGAGGAUCAACAUAUGUUGACGGGGGCUCAUAUUAGGCGAAAACAUGAAGCUUCUGAGAAGGUCAAAAUAAACAUCAAAAAGUGCAGAAAAGAGAAAUUCAACCUUAGAGAAAAGGUUUCCAGCUUUAAAUAUAGUUUUGCACUUAAAGGAAAGCUCUUUGGUAGAAAGAUUCAAUCUUUGGAGGAAUCAAAUGGAAACAAACAAAUUCACAUGAAAGAUCUUCUAAACACACCAACUGUUGCAUCCAAAUUUCAUGAAAAUUCCACUGAAGUCCCGCCAAGUCCUGCAUCUGUAUGCAGCACUACUAAUGAAGAAUUUUGGAGGCAAACAGAUUGUUGCAGCUUAUCAUCAACCUCAGAUAUACAUCCGCCGGAUGAUAGUGAAAUGUGUCAUGUUUUCAAAGAGAUCAGCUCUAAUCUGAAUGAGCUAAGGAGGAAAUUGAAUCAGCUAGAAACUUAUGACUCUGAGGAGUCAAUGAUUGAUGAGCAGUCUGUCGAAGAGGAGAUAAUGGAGAUUGACGAUCCAGCUGAAUCAUUCGUUAGAGAUCUUCUUGUUGCUUCUGGUUUAUAUGAUGGUUCAUGUGAUAAAUAUCUAUCAAAAUGGGAUCCAUUCGGAAAGCCAGUCAGCAACCAAGUUUUUGAAGAAGUCGAAACGUCUUACAAGAAAAAGAGAAAUGAUAUUGAAGAAGCAUGUACAAGUGAUCAAUUCCAGAAGUUUAAUCACAAGUUGUUGUGUGAUUUCAUGAACGAAAUGCUUCCGGAUGUACUUGGAGUACCUUCUACAGUUUUGAGUUAUAUGAAAAGUACUAUUGUUCCGACUGCACGACCUCUACCUCUACGGGGAAAAAAGUUAUUAGAUUGUGUAUGGGAAAUUGCCAGAGUUUAUGUUUACCCUUCAUCUGAUAUGUCAUCUCAAUCUCUCGAAACUAUACUAGCCCGAGACUUGCAAUCUAUGCCUUGGACUGGAUUAGUUGAUGAAGAUGUUAAUGCUGUCGGAAAAGAUAUUGAAUACCAGAUUAUUGGUGAUCUUAUUCAUGAUAUGAUCAAUGAUAUGCAGCCAUAAUUUUGUUCUGU